ACAGAGACCAAGAUGAAGGUUGAGUUUGCUCCGCUCUCCCUGCCCCUGCAGAGAAGGCUUCAGACGGCAUCAGUGGUUCAAUGGGUCUUCAGCUUCCUAGGUCUAGCACAGUGCUGCGUAGCUGCCUUCAUCGCCCUCUUCUUCACGCGUUUUUGGCUGGUCAGUGUCCUCUACACUGCAUGGUGGUUCAUAGACAGGGAAAAACCCAGCAAGGGUGGGAGGAAGAUCAACGCCCUCCGGAACAGCAUCAUCUGGAGGUACAUGAGGGACUACUUCCCCAUCACGCUGGUGAAGACGGCGGAGCUGGACCCUAGGCAGAACUACUUGAUGGGAUUUCAUCCCCACGGGGUCCUGGCAGCAGGAGCCUUUAUCAAUUUCUGCACGGAGGCGUCGGGCUUUUCCACGCUCUUCCCGGGCAUCACCCCACACCUGAUGAUGCUCUCCCUGUGGUUUCGCAUCCCCUUCUUGAGGGACUACCUGAUGAGCGGAGGCCUUGUCUCUUCCAGCAAGGAGAGCGCAUCCUACGUGCUGCAGAAGCCGGAGGGUGGGAACAUGCUGGCCAUCAUUGUUGGUGGGGCACAGGAGGCGCUGGAUGCCCGGCCGGGAUCCUACACCUUGCUGCUGAAGAACAGAAAGGGAUUUGUCCGCGUGGCCAUCGAGCACGGCACCCCGCUGGUCCCGAUCUUUUCCUUUGGGGAGAAUGACCUCUUCGAUCAGGUGAGGAACCCCAAGGGCUCCUGGCUGCGGCAGCUCCAGCACCGGCUCCAGCAGAUCAUGGGCAUCUCCCUUCCCCUAUUCCAUGCGCGAGGCAUCUUCCAGUACAGCUUCGGGCUGAUACCCUACCGCCGACCUAUCUACACUGUGGUUGGGAAGCCAAUUCCGGUGCAGAGGAAGCACAGACCAUCUGAGGAAGAGGUUGAUCAAGUACAUCAGAAAUACCUAAAUGAAUUGUGCAAGCUAUUUGAGGAGCACAAAGCUAAAUAUAAUAUCCCAGAAGACAAACACCUGGAAUUUAUAUAGAGCUCCUCAAGCAAGGUGAAACCAUGGAGCUCAAGCUUCAAGUUUUCUCCUCUCUCUGGAACUAUUUCACAACCUCAACUCAGUCACGGUUAACAUACGGUCUGUACGGUGUAGGGAGAAGGACUUGAUUUUCCCAGCAUUUGCAUGAGUGUAGGGCCAUGCAAAUUUCUUCUCCCUGUAGGACACAUAAAAAGUAUAAAGAAGAAGAACAAAAAAAAAAAAUCCCAUCUGUGGUCAGCACUGUUGACACUCCCCAGCAGAAAACUCCCACUUCCAUUUCAAGAUAUUUCCAGGCGGAGAUGAAUUAUUGAAAGUUCC